GUUGGCGUGUCUCUAAUGGUUUCCACUGUCUGGCGACAGCUGCUGCACACGUGUUACUGGUUGCCACUAGAUGAUUGUGAACUUAACGCAACACUGUGGUCCGUAGUUUAUUACUAUUAUUCUAACCAAACCGACGUUUUUACGAUGAAGAUCGUUCUGUGGUUUGUGAUGGCUGCUUUGUACUGCUGUCCAGCGUUUGGUGGAAACUGCGACGGAUUCUGGGGCAGGAUUGACAAAACGUUAUCGACCUAUCCAGCAAUAUCAGAAAUGGAUUUAGACUGCGAUGGGGUAUUAGAACCGCACGAAGUACAGACUCAGAUGGAUGAAAUAGCGGCGGACAAAUACAUAAAGACUUUUGACAGAAAUGACGAUGAUAUGAUCGAAUUUGAAGAAAUCAUUUGGUAUAUCAACCGAAAUAUUAAGGAAUUGUAAAUACAGACAGACUAUUUCCCAUCUGAUGUUGGAUGGUAUUUUUUUUAUUCUCGUAUAUUAUACGUCGUCUUAGGGUAAUACCUAAGUGCUAUGUUCACAUUUAAAGCUGAAUUUAGAAUAAAUCAUCAACUUCU